CAACACAGCAAGACAAGGUUGGGAAGGAGUCACAAACGCCACUAUGCAUGCCUCACGAGCUCGUGUGAUGCUCCCUCUCCUGUUGGCUCUCCUGCUCUCGCCGGCGUCAGCCGCUCCGGCAUGGCUCGGCCCGGCCGUCGGCGGUGACAGCGGGCCUGCCGACUCACCAGCGGAGGCUCCGACGGCCGUGGCAGCGGCACUGGAGCGGGCAGAAGACGAGGUCGCCGGCAGAAUCGCGGCGCCGCCGGGGAGUCUGACGUUCAGGCCUCGCCAGCACCCCUCCGCGCUCAGCCCGGAGCAGAGGCGGGGCCUGGAGCACGAGGCUCGCUGCGGGCCGCGCGUGCCCGUGCGGCGUGGCGUCUUCCCGUGGCCCGGGUGGAAUCCUCGCUGCCGUGGCGGCGGCGGCACGCGCGGUGAUGCCGCCGCCGCGCCGGCCGGGCACCGCCUGCAGCCUCUGUACGACGCGCCGUAGCGGCGGCCGCGCACCACUCUUGACGCUGACAUGCUGCACCCUCGCCUGCACACGUACCAAGACAAGAUCGGAUGAGAAUAAUGAGCGCUUCAAAACUUUUUUUUGGCCAUUUGGCGGUUGUGUCAUAAAAAACCAAUGUUUAUUCAGCAACAACAAUAUAUGGGCCCGGCUAACUUAGGGCCGGCCGUAAUAUUAUGCAACC